GUCCACAUUCCUGGUGACCCCAUUCCCUUCAUCGUAGUCGCCACCGUUCUUCUUCUACUUCCUAUUCUGCUUGACUAUGUCCGUCUUGCCGAAAAUCUUUCCUCCGGUUUGCGUGAACUCCUUCUUGCCGAAGUAGACCGAGUUUCCUUAGAUAGAGAAGAGAACGAUCAGGAAAAAGACAGUCCCAUUAAUGAGCGAGACUCCGGUGUUUCUGAUGUCCUUCUUGGUGAAGUAUCGCGAAACUCUUCGACUGUCAGACAUUCUUUGAAUGAGCUGGCCCAGGGCGAGUCUUUUGUGCUGAGGUUCGAUUCUGAGAUGGAUUCGCGCCUCAUAUCCGAUGCUACUAUUACUUUCGCGUCAGAAGUUUUUGCCAGGCUUGCUGAUCUUCUAAGGCUAGCUCCAUCUUCCUGCCCGUUUUGCUGCUUUCUUUAG